AUGCCAAAGAUGGUAAAUGUUUCCUGCAGCUUCACUUACGAAGUGGCACCAGUCUUUGUGCUGAUGGAACUCGAGGUUCUGAGAAGCCUUCGUCAGCUGGUGGGCUGGACAGAAGGCGAUGGUAUUUUCUGCCCUGGGGGGUCCACCUCCAACAUGUAUGCCAUGAACCUCGCACGCUACAGACUCUUCCCAAAGGUCAAAAGUCAGGGCCUCUGGGCUCUCCCACGCCUGGCCAUCUUCACAUCUCCAGAGAGCCAUUACUCUGUGAAGAAGGGGGCAGCGUUUCUGGGGUUUGGAACAGAUAAUGUCAUCUUGGUGAAGGUGGAUGAAAGAGGUCAUAUGAUCCCAGAGGACCUGGAUGAACAGAUAGAGCUUUUAAAAUCUCAGGGUGUAGUUCCACUUCUAGUGAGCUGCACAGCGGGCACCACGGUGCAGGGUGCAUUCGACCCGCUGGAUGGAAUAGCCGAUGUUUGUGACAAACACAAGCUGUGGAUGCACGUCGACGCCGCCUGGGGAGGAAGUGUGCUCUUUUCCAAGCAGCACCGACACCUAAUGAAAGGUGUUCACAGAGCAGAUUCAGUAGCCUGGAAUCCCCACAAAAUGCUGGUAGCUGGCCUGCAGUGUUCUGCCCUGCUGCUCAAAGACACCACGAACUUACUGAAGCGGUGCCACAGCUCAAAUGCCUCGUAUCUUUUCCAACAAGACAAGUUUUACGAUGUGAACCUGGACGUCGGGGAUAAGUCUGUGCAGUGCAGCCGCAAAGUGGAUUGCCUGAAGUUGUGGUUGAUGUGGAAAGCUGUCGGCUCAUGUGGCUUGGAAGAGCGUGUUGACAAAGCUUUUAUUCUUGUGAGGUAUUUAGUGAAUCAAAUGAAGAAAAGAGAUGGAUUCCAUCUGCUAAGUGAGCCAGAGUUUGUGAACGUAUGCUUCUGGUUCGUACCACCGAGUCUGAGAGGGAGGGAAGGAAAUGCUGAUUACCAGAACAAAUUGGCUAAUGUAGCUCCAACAAUCAAGGAGCGUAUGAUGAAACAAGGCACGCUGAUGGUGGGCUACCAGCCUCUUGGAGACAUGGUCAACUUUUUCCGCGUGACUGUCUUUUCUCCACUUGUUUCACACAAAGACAUGGACUUCUUCCUUGAUGAAAUCCAACGACUUGGAAGUGAUCUGUGA